GCCCUGCCCCCACGGCCUGUCGCGGUGGGACCCGAACCCCCCCGGCUCGCAGGAGGGCUGCGAGCGAUGCGCUGCUCCCCGCACAAAGCCGUGGCUGAGGUGGGAUCGCGCCAUCUCUUACCUGCUUUGCUGCCGAUAGGACUGGGGGAGGGGGGCACGACGGCUUUUUGCUGCGAGGGGAUCUGUAAAAGAUGGGAUGUUAGGGCGGAAUUCUUCACUCUGAGUGGUGUGAGGAGCUGGCACUGCUGCCCAGAGCUGUGGGUGCCCCAUCCCUGGAGGUGCCCCAGGCCAUGGAGCUGAGCCUGAGCUGAGUGCAGCCAGCCCACGGCAGGGCUGGUGGAUGAUCUUUGAGGUCCCUCCCAACCUGAGCCUCACCUACACCUCAGCUUUGAGCAGCGGCAUCACCUGAGCUGGGGUUGCCUUUGGGUUCAAGCCCCAGUUGUGCCGCUCCCGCUGCAUCUGCAGCCUCGCACACGUUCUGCCUGCUUUGCUUUUCCCCCAUGAGCAGGGCUUCCCAGGGUCAGCCUGCCAGAUGUGCACUCCUUCACCCCGCGCACAGCAGGCUGUGGAGGCAGCGGUCAUGAAGGGAUUAACCUGCUGGUUGCGUUUGCUGCAGCAUGCAUGCAGGGAAUGCCACAGGGAGCCUCAGUCCCUAGAUAAGCAAAUUCCUCCCUGCACCAAGCUCUCUGGACGCAGUGCCUCUGAAAAAAACAGAUGGUAGGGAUUCCUCGUGCACACCCCGUAUUCCUUUCCUCUUUCCCUUCGCAGCAGGAUGAUCAACUGUGCACCAGAGUUCUCUUUUCUGAGGGCACAAUUGAAAACACAGUUGUUGUUUUUUUUCAGCCACAGCUUUGAUCAGAGCACAGCACAGAGCACCCAGACCUGGGGGCUGAACGUGGCUGUUCAUUUCCAGGAGCACGAGAUAACAUCUGCAGGCAGUUUGAGGCAUUAGGACAUCUGAAGCUGUUCAGUAUCUCAAGCAAGUAGCACAGUUUGCCAUAGAGAGAAGCCCUUAGGUAAAGGAUUGUGGAUUUCUGUGGAGGACAUGGAGUUAAUGACCUCAGAAAAGGGCUGUUGAGAAUUUAGUUCUUUUUCAGCUGCUGUUUUUGUCCUCUGAGGGCUCCCUGUGCCCUGCAGUGCUGCACAGGGCCCUAAGGCACGUCACACUGCAACAGAGCAUACCCCUGCAAGCUUCUCCACUAAGGGCAACUAACAGGGAUUUGUUUUCUCUUCCUAGAAAGAUUUCAAACCCCUGAGACACUGGGCUUAAUGAGUCCCAGGACCCAGUGCGCAGUGUGGGACACUGAGCCAAUGACACACUAAUUGCCAUUAUUCCCAGGUUUCUGGGAAACCCAUUGUAGCUUAGAGUUGAUCUGACACGCAGCAGAGAAUCAUUAGAGGGUUUAUUUGAUCCCUUUCUGUUCUUCAGAAAGACCGCCUGGAAAACUGAUAGGAUGUCAGCCUGGAUCCUCCCUCCUUCGUGGGGUUGAAGCAGUUUGUGGCAGCCUUUGUCUGGCUCUGGUGGGGGGUAGAAGGGAAACAGCUGCUGAGCCUUUGGGUAGGCAGGAAAAGCUUUCAGUGAUGCUGGCUUAGAGACAGCAAUAUUGGAAAAUCCUGGAAAAGUUCCCCAGCAUCACUGGAGGCUCUGCUCAGCCCCGAGCAAGAGGACAGGAGGGCAGCCCUCACCGGAGCGUGUGCACAGCCUCCCUGUAGGUGUUGAGGCACAGGAAUACCGUGGUUAGCCUCAGAGAGGAAGAGCUGCAGCUGUACAGCCUGCGUGCCAAGCCACAAGUGCCUCCAGGGGAAUUCUUGAGGAGAGCACCUGGCUGCGCUGCACGGUGGCCUGUCUUUUCUGCUGAUGUGAUUUCUAGCCUUUAACAUUUCUCAUCAGCUGAGGAACUGCACCUGAUCCUCCUCCCAUAUCCAAGCCCGGGCAGAGCCAGCUUUACAGAUCCUGCACCUGCACCCACCUCCUGCCCCACAGUUUUAGUCUGCUCCAUGCACGGUUCUGCAGCACGGCACAAGUUAGAGCAGUUCAGCAUCUCCCACAACCAGGAGAGUGCAGAGGUGUUGUUUUAAAGCUCCUUGGCUUCUCUUUCUCCAAGGAAUGGGGGGUGGAAAUCUGCUUGGCCAGAAGUAACCCUUAGGGUCUGCCGAGGGGCUUGGGAAACUGAAGCUGGGAGCUUAUCUAAUCUGGAGUCUAUCUCACAGGCCUUCAUUUAUUAUCUGGAAAUUUGGAAAAUUACAAACAAGAGCCAUUUGUGUGUCAUGGUUAGCACAGAUUUAUUUCUGACAACACAGCAAACUCAGCCCAGAUUGGAACCAGCUGCACCUACCUGAGUUUCACCUCCACAUCUCAGGGCUGAGGACUCGGCUGCUGUCACACCGUGAGCCUCACUAGCAAAGGCUGCAGCUCAGCACUGUCCUUGCUUACACAGAUAAAUAAGUGCUGCUGGGCAAGGGCUGGCAAGAGUGCUUGGUCAUGGAAAACCUGAGAGCCAAAUCAAUCUAUUUAAUGUGUGAUUGAUUGAGGAAGCAGGGGCUUACAGAGGUAGAGGAACACGUUUCAUUUGAAAACUGCUGUCACUGCUGCAGCAGAGCCCUCAGGGAUGGAGUGGGGCAAAGCCUGGGGAAAGGCUGGGUAAAUAUUGCUACUUCUGGCCCACACGCCUCCCCCUGGGCAGUCUGUGCAGCCCUUGGUGCUCUGUGGCCACCCAGUCACGUGGAAAGGGGCCAGCUGUGAUUGAUGCUCCAGCUCUUGAGAGACUUGCUUUGCACUGAGCUCUUUGCACAGACAGAUAAAUCAUUGUCCUCUCCUUCCCAGCAGCUGUGAAGGGCGCUUCCUCCACAGGCCUGGAGAUGCUUAUCACAGGGGUCAGGGGGAGAUCUGAACUGAAAAGACAGCCUUUCGUGUCUGUCUUUGUAACCACGGAAGCUGCACAGCCAGCAUUUCCACCUGCAGUCUGAUCGUGUGCAGUCGGACAGAAACCAUCGUAGGACGCAGGUUGAAAUGAGCAUCUGGCAGCAGAAGGAAAGGUCUUGCUGAAAACCUGCUUGUUUCUUUUACGCUUCGUUUUUACACAGCAUUUGCUCUCUGUCAGAGAAGCACAUGCAGCCAGCACACCUAUGUUGCAAGGAAUUUGGUUGCAAUGUUUUCACCACCAGCUGUACUGUUGUACAGCAUCAGGUGGUGUGGUGCUUUUUUUGCAGCAGAGCAGGUUACUUUCAACACACUCCGUGGGCAGUAUGGUCACUAUGUGCACCUCGACCAUGCUGAGUUCUAACCCAAAAUCAGCUCCUCUGCAUCUCCUCUGCCCAGAGGAUGCUAUUGGCAGGUGCUAUAGAAACAAAUGCUCAGGCAGGAAUUACAGUGCAAGAUGAAGAACACUUUGGCUUUAUUACACCAUAAAAGAGCAUCGAGCCAAGAGGCAGCCAACCAAAAUAGUGAACUGAGCUCAGCAGACUGCUGAGCUUUCUUUCACAUCCAUCAAUUACGUUUUGCAGACCAGUUCUUCCCACCAGGACUAUCAGCACUGCCACGAUCAGCAGGUUUUGCUAUGAGUAGCACAGGUACAGCCUCUCCAUGCCCUCAGUGUAACAUAAGAGAUGCCACACAGACAGUACACACAAAUUAUUUGUUCUCUUCUGCUACUACUGAUACACUGUCAGCAUUUUCAGCUGGCUAAAUCACUUCUAGUCACUGCCCCAUGGUAAGCUCAUUGCUGCAUUUAACUCUCUGCUCACAGCUGUGUUGCAGUAAGCAGCAAUUUCGCUCCUGCACACAAUUUGCAAAAGUCCUUGGAGCUUUUAGGGCAUCACAGAGCAGGAAAAACAUUGCAAGAGAUGAUCUUGCUGAAACGUAUGCUCACUUACCUGCUGGGAAUCUCAGAGGUGCAGUCGACAGCAGCCUGCUGUCAUGAACAGGUAGGGCUGGGAGAGCUCAGGUUUGCCAAAUUUAAAGGAUUGGCCCCAGCAAAGCAUGCUGGGUGAGGGAGAAAGUCCUCUGCUGAGCACGGAGAGGCCAGCAAAGCUGUGCUGAGACAGCCUGCGAGAGGCUCCGGUUCUGAAGCACUCUUGAAAAUGACUUUUGUGACAGACGCAGGGUGAGGAACUUGGACCUGAGCCGACUUAUGCACAAAGAGGAGUUUAUUCCUUGUGAUACAGCUCUGCCAAAGGACAGAUGCGUCUCCCCCCACCCCCCUUCCCUGCAGCCAGACGCCGCAGCCUUCCUGCUGCUCCAUGCUGGUUGGCAGCUGGGGCUGUGUGCUGCUGGUGUGGCUGAGCUGGGCUGGUAGUGAACUCGCAGCUUGGGCUGCAGCCACACUGAGUGCCACGCAUGUCAUGCCCAUGCCACGAGAUCCCAGAGGCAUCCAUCCAUCCAUCCAUCCAUCCAUCCAUCCAUCCAUCCAUCCAUCCAUCCAUCCAUCCAUCCACCCACCAUCGUCUGGAGUUAGGCCACCAGGUUCCCCAGCUAACCGUUCUCUGUUUCUGUCAGGACAGUAGUGAGGCAGCAGAUGGAGCUGGCCCCUGGGAUGAAGAAGUUACCAAGUGGUGGGGAGAGUGGAGCUCGUGGUCCACCUGCUCGCGAUCCUGCGGGGGAGGCGUGAUGUCCCGGGAGCGGCACUGCCUGCGGCAGCGGCUCCAGAUGCCCCAGGGAACAAACAGCACCAUGUGUGUUGGCCAAGCCAAGCACUACCAACUGUGCCAGCAGCAGCCCUGCCCAGCCAACACAGCAAGCUUCAAACAACAGCAGUGCUCCAGUUUCAAUGCCAAAGCCUUUGGGAAGCGGUACUACCACUGGAUGCCCCUCUAUCCAGAUGACUACACCAGCAUCUCCAACAAGCCGUGUGACCUCCAGUGCACCACGCGGAAUGGAGAGAGGCAACUGAUGGCCCGAGCCCAGGAUGGUACCUCCUGCAAGGACAGGACCUACCAAGGGGUCUGCAUCAAUGGGAAGUGCGAGCCAGUGGGGUGUGAUGGGAGCCUGUAUUCAGCCCGGACGAUGGACAGAUGCAGGGUGUGUGGAGGGGACGGCAGCACUUGUCACCGUGUCUCAGGCAGCUUCCGAAAGGCAAUCUCACAGAUAGGUUACGUGUUCAUCACCAGCAUCCCUGCCGGUGCCAUGGACAUCCUCAUCAUGGAGCGCAGGAAGACAGAAAACAUCCUGGCGCUCGCUGAUGAAUAUGGGCAUUUCUUCUUCAACGGCAACUCUGCCAUUGACAACCCCCAGAACUUCAGGGUAGCUGGCACGAUCUUCAAGUACAGGCGGCCUUCGAGUCUGAAUUCAGAUGGGCUGGAGUAUAUCAUAGCUCACGGGCCCACUAACCAGUCUCUGAAUGCCAUGUACUAUAACUUUAAUGGGAAAAUGCCCCAUAUUACUUAUGACUACACUGUACCACGGACACCACCACCUCUCCGAACCGCAGCCCCUGCUGUAGACAGACCUCGUUAUCAUCACCCAAUAGAGACCAGCCAGAGCCAUCCUGUUCCAGCCAACUUCAGAGCUGCCAAGGACCCCAAUGCCACACGGCUUUCCCUGUCACCAGAUGACACCAACAAACAGCUUCCUCUAAAAGAUAGGCACGAAGAUUUAGGCUUCAGCCAUCCACACUUCUUCCACACCAACUCCACUAAUCGGGACUGGGGCUGGGAACAAGGUGAAGAAAAGGAGAAGUAUGACUUCCACAUAAGACAGGUCUACCACGCAAACGCAGCAGGAGAGGAAGAAGGAGAGGAAGGAGCAGCAAUUGGUGGAGAAACAGAAUUGGCCCUCAAAUUCAACCAGAUUUCCAUCAGCACAGCUGUACCCUACAGCAUGAGGAGGUCUGAGCUGUCGGAGAACAGCCGCGUCGCAUCCUCCAGGCUUCGGCUCUUCAGGAGGUUGUGCCACCAGGACCAGCACCACGCUGCCUUCUGCAGGGAGCUGCAGUACCUGGCUGCCAGGCUGGCCCAGAGGAACACCACAGCAGGACUAUGGGCUGAAACAGCUGCCCGGUGGCCACAGGGCCUCCACAAAGCUCCAUCCCGUAAGAACUCGCUGCAGGACUUGAAGGUGGAGAUGUUUGCUGGGAGACAGGGGAAAGCGAGCAACUACAGUGUGAUGGAGAGCUCUCUGCUGGGUGCCAGCACGGCGGUGGACGUCAGCCAGGCAGAGCCUCUGCGGGCCCCCGGCACUGAAAGCAAUGAGUUUGAUGUGAGCCCCGUGGGCCACGAUGACAUCAGCUUGGCUGACAUGUAUCGGUGGAAGGUCUCAGCUUAUGCCCCCUGCAGCUCCACCUGCACUUCAGCAGGUAUCAGUGCCUCCUAUGCAAUGUGUGUACGGUACGACGGAGUGGAAGUGGACGAAGCGUACUGCGAUGCCCUGACCCGACCAGAACCUACACAUGAAUUUUGUACAGGGAGAGACUGCCAGCCUAGGUGGGAAACGAGCCGUUGGAGUGAGUGCUCCAGGACCUGUGGUGAGGGCUACCAGUACCGCACCGUGCGCUGCUGGAAGAUGCUGGCUCCAGGCUUCGACAGCUCUGUUUACAAUGACCUCUGCGAGUCAGCUGGGCUGGCCAGGCCCAUAGAGAGAAAAGCCUGCAAGAACAAGGCCUGCGGACCCCAGUGGGAGCUCUCAGAGUGGUCUGAGUGCUCAGCCCGAUGUGGCAGCCAGGGAACGAUGAAGAGGGAGGUGCGCUGCUCGGUGGAAGCAGCCCUCUGCAAUGAGUCCCAGAAGCCCAGCAGUGAGAAGGAGUGCACAGGGCCGCCCUGCGACCGCCGCUGGACCGCUUCGGACUGGGGCCCGUGCUCAGGUUCAUGUGGAGAAGGACGCAUAAGCCGUUUCGUCGCCUGUCGCAACCUGGAGGGCAAGGUGAUCUCUGACACACAGUGUGACCCAGCUGCCAAGCCCCUGGCCGUCCAUCCGUGCGGAGACAAGGACUGCCCUGCACACUGGGUGGAGCAGGAGUGGGACCAGUGUGAUGCCAGCUGUGGACGAGGGACGAAGAGCCGGGUUGUCCUGUGUGCAGGGCUGGAGAACGGGGUGUACAGGGAGUACCCUGAGAAACGCUGUGAGGCUGCACAAAAGCCUGAGGAGCAAGCUGCCUGCUUCAUGAGGCCGUGUUCAACCUGGUUCACUACCUCCUGGUCUCAGUGCAGCAAGACGUGUGGUGCUGGCGUGCGACUGCGCGAGGUGAAGUGCUACCAGGGGGAAGCGCUGGCCCAGGGCUGUGACCCCACUUCCAAACCAGAAGGCAGGCAGACGUGUCAGCUCCAGCCGUGCCCCACAGAGGCCCCAGAAGAAGACUGUGAAGACAAAGCGACGGCCAACUGUGUGCUUGUGCUGAAGGUGAAGCUGUGCUCUCACUGGUACUACAGGAAGGCUUGCUGCUGGUCGUGUCGCCUCAAGUCACUGUGACUGCUGCCAGGCUGUAGUUCCCUUCCAAGUUCAGGGCCUCCUGAGCCAGACUUUACCACUUAAAGCCACCUCACUUGGCUUGGCCGUGGAGCCAGUCCCUGUAGAGCAGCCUGCUCAGCAAGAAAGGACUCCUAGGGCUUAGUCAUCACCGUUCCCUUUCCACCAAGAGGAUUUUACUGAAGACAAACCACCAGUUCCUAGAAAGCUGAGAAGUGAGUUGGGAGAGCCUGUCCCUGCUGUCAGUCGCCUCCAGAGAGCUCUGGUUGGAGGCAGUGGGGCACAGAGCCAGCCUGCAGCAGGGCACAGGCUGCAGUCACCCCGUCCUGCCCUGCAGAUUGUUCUGCUACAUGGGCGAUUUCCAAACACAGCCAAAAAAUUCUGUGUCACAAUAAAGAGCUAAACUGUCAACUGUGU